AGCGAUAAGGCGAGUAUAAUCUUAUACCAUUUUGCUGCUAUUUUUGGAAUUAGAAAAGGAAGCACGAAACAAAAUCAUGCUGGAACACAUAACAGCAAGUGAAGUAGCCGGCUAUGGAGUUGGUGCUCUUCUCCUUUGCGCCACAAUUUCCGCCCCUAAGAUCGAUUCUUUCAUCUCUGCUUCUCAACGCAGCUCAUUAGGCAUGUGCAAGAGAUGUGGUGAUCUAAGGUUGAUUGCAUGCUCAAAUUGCAAAGGUUCUGGAUCACUCAGACAAGAUGGCGUAUUUAGCUUAAUCACUUCAGAUGAAGUUAAGUCAAAGACGAGUUCUUUGUCAUGCAACAAAUGUGGAGCUAGAGGCCAUUUCCCUUGCCCCGAAUGCAGUAAACUGUAAAGUAAUUCAACUUGAUUGUUUUCGAUUAUCAGGUUUUAUUUGGAAUUGUAUAUUGUCAUUAUUAAUUAUAAACAAAUAUUCUUAGCUUUUAAA